GCGCGCUGGCUGAUGGGCAAGUUGCAGCGCCGCAUCCAAUUGUUCAAGAGGCCCGCGACGAAGCUCGCCACCCUCGACCCCGAGUGCGACGCGCCUGAGCUGGUCACCUGGGCCGCGAGUGCGAUCAACUCCAUGGGCAAGGUCGGGGGCCACUCCCCGUUCGAGAACGUUCUGGGAGUCGCAGGGAGGCCGCGCUCGAGCGACCCCUUCGCCAUCGUCGACGGGGGCGCCGGCGAGACGCAGGCAAGGAACUGGGCGUGCCAGACCUGGGAGGCCAGCGACUUCGCGCACGUCUGGCGCGACGGCAAGGGCCGUGAGAACCGCCCUGGGAAAAAGGGAGGCUGGCAUGGGCCAGCCCGCGUGCUCGCCCAGGAAAAGCGCCGCGUCGACGGCUGGGCGCGCGCCCCAUCAGUGGUUUGGAUCGCCCACGGGAACACGCUGAUCUGGUGUGCCCCAGAACAACUACGACCUGCCUCAGAAGCCGAGAAGAUGAUCACCGAGCUCAAGAAGCAGGCCAACCUAGACAAGACCAUGACGGACAUCCUUGAGAAUGCCAAGGUAGGCACCUUCGAGGACCUCGUUGACCAACGCGCACUACGGCACGGUCGGUCGCUCAACCUGAAGCAGAACCAGGCGACAUCGGCGAAGAAGGUCGAGACCAGGACCCUGGAGCACCAGCAGACGGAGGGCCACCAGAGGGAUCGCCUCAAAUUGAGCUACCUCCUGCCGCAGAACCAGCCCCUGCCGUCGCAGACUACGAUCGGACCCAGACUUGAUCUUUACCGACCACCAGAGAAGCGGCAGAUGGGCAACGAUGACAUGGACGAGAAGACGGUCUACUUCGAGUACAUCAAGAAACAGGGCUCUGAGAAGCCGGACAGCAAGGGCCUGAUGGACACGAUGCUCAACAGUUUCAUCGCCAACCAGCGCCAUAAGGACAAGCUCGAGCUCUCCUUGUCGAAGAUGAAAUGCGCAGAGCGCAAGGAGUUCGAGGAGGUCAAGGUCGCCGUGGACAUCAUUCGAGCUCGAUGGCACUUCACCCGCAAGGCGGACGGUCGAGCCAAGGCGCGCCUCGCCAGACCAAGGCGAGCCCGCAACGUGAUGCUCACCAUCGCCGCCGCCAUCAACUGGAAGCUGAUCAAGGGCGACGUCACUUUGGCUUUCCUUCAGGCUCACGAGCUGGACAAAGACCUGUUCAUCGAGCCCGGCAGUGUGCUUCGGAAGGCGUUCAACGUCAAGGGCGGCGAGCUGCUCGGGGCAGUCAAGCCCGGGUACGGCACCGGCGAGGCACCUCGACAUUGGUGGGAAGCGGUGAAGGUCGGUCCCAAGAAGCUGGGACUUCAUGCGUGCGAACUAGAACCUUGCAUGUGGAAGUUGCGAUGCUCUCAGACUGGGCGCCUCAUCGGCAUGGCCAUGGCUCACGUGGGCGACUUCAUUGUCGCCGGCGACAACGAGCGCCCCGAAUGGAACCAGCUCGUGGCACAUAUCCGCAGGCUGUACAAGUGGGGCGCCUGGGAGGACAUGAAUGACGGCGUCGCCAGUGCCGAGCAAUGUGGUGCAAUAACCAUCGAGGAGAACGGCAAGGGCUUCUUCCUACGCCAGAGGGCCGACGCCGACAAUAUCCAAGAAGUUCGACCACCUGAUGGAGGACGACAUCGGCCUCCAGACAGUCUUCGCGACAAGGACCAGACCGUCCUGCGGGCCAUCUGCGGCGAGAUAUACUGGCUGGGCGUCAACGCCAUGUCCUUCCUCCUCGCCUGGGUGGCCGAGCUCCAGUCGAAGAUGCCGAACGGCACGCGCAGCCUGUUCACGACCGCGAACAACAUCGUCAUGCUGAGCAGGCAGAACCAGUACAUGGGGCUCGAGAUUCACCGCCACAGCCUCGACGACCUGGGCGGGUGCGUCGCGGCCAUUGCCGCCGCCAAGGCCAUGGAGGGUGAGAAGUCGCAGUCCACCGCGCUCGACUGGGGCUCCAAGAAGUUGCGCAUGGUGGCUCGAUCGAGCCUGGCUGCAGAAGCACAGGAAGCAGGAGAUGCCAAAGGGGAACCGCGCAUGGUGCGCAUGGUGCUGGCCGAGAUCCUGCUCAACCGGUCUCCCGUCCGGGGGCGCAUGGCGAUGCUCCAUCACAUCCCCGCCGUGCUCGUGACCGACUGCGCGGCGUCCCGCGACGGAGUGGUGCGAUCCCAGUCGGCUGGAUUGGGCCUCGAGGAGCGGCGGGCCGCCAUCGAGGCGCUGGCGCCCAGGGGCGCGCACGACGAGGGGCAGGCAACGGUGCGGCGGGUUCGCUUGCACGCGCAGAUCGCAGACGGGCUCGCCCAGGGCAGCUGGCAAGCGUUCGGAGUUCUCAAGCUGUUCCUGGAGAAGCAGGAGUGGAGGCUGAUCUGCGACGAGAACUUUAUGGGCGCGCGGAAGCGGGCCGUUCUGGGGAAGGGCAUCUUCAACGCAACCAAGCCGGAGGACGCCGCAGCCGCCAGGGAGAUCUUCGAGAAGCGCCGGCGGGCUCGGAAGGAGCUCAGCCAGAAUG